CGAUAUUAAACUUAGGGUGACCAGUUCUCGGAAACGCUCCUCUCUAGAAGGAAUUAUUUUUUUACCUUACCACUACCUGCCGUACAAUUAUUGGGGGCGUUAAUAUGCUACCGCUCUUUGGGACCAUGCCGAAUGGCGUAAGUUUGCCAAAUCACCCGAACUUCCUCAACCAACUGGCGGCUGCCAUUUCCACGGCAGCCUCGACGACAUCGGUCGUGGGAAAUCCCUCGUCGCCGCCCAAACAAAACCAGAAUAAGAUGGCCAAGCCCCAACAGCAACCGCAGGGGAGUGCGCCCAUGGAUCUGGAAAAUGAGAACGAACACUCCGCGGAUGUCAGCUCUACGACGGCCCACAAGGAUCCCAAGUUGCAGGCCACAUCCUCAUCGCUGUCCCUGCCGGACUCGGCGCAAUUAUACCUGAAUGGAUUGAUGCACACGCCUCCUGGAUAUUUGUAUUUUCCGGCUGCCCAGGCGGGUGGUGCUCCUGCUCCUGGAAAUGCACCCGCGACAGGCGGAGGAUCCACAGCAGCAGCUUCAGGAGGUAGCGCCGCCAAUGCCCAGAUGCUAAUGGAUCCCACGGCCAUGAUGGCAGCGGCCAUGCAGCAGAUGCAACAAAUGCACUACGCAGCGGCAGCUGCAGCGGGAAUGACCACUGAAGCUGGAGCAGGACUAGAAGCAGCGCUCAGUGCGGAUGGCGUUACACCGGCUGGCCUCAAGGAGGUGAUCAAGACCAAGAACUGCAUCCUGUUCCCUCCCAAUCCGAACGCCCCACCACCCACCAUAAGGGAGCGACCACCAGGCUGCCGGACUGUGUUUGUGGGUGGACUCCCGGAGAACAUAACCGAGGAGGUUAUCCGUGAGAUUUUCGAGUCGUGCGGAGAGAUCACCACGCUGCGCAUGUCAAAGAAGAACUUCUGCCACAUUCGCUACCGCCAGGAGGGGGCAAUAGACAGAGCCAUCUACCUAUCCGGCUAUCGAUUGCGUAUAUCAGCUCUAAAUGAACCACCCAACUUUGGACGCCUGCAUGUGGACUAUGCACAGGCACGGGAUGAUCAGUAUGAUUAUGAAUGUCGGCAGAGGCAGCAUCAGAGGGAGCAGCGGCAUCGGGAGCGCAUGUCGAUGGACAGGAUGCGAUCGCAGUCGCCGCCACCAAUACCGCAUUAUACGGAUCACGAGGCCACGGCCGUGGCGGAGCACCUGCGCACCAACGAGACCUUCGUAAAGGCCAUCCAGACGAUCACUGCCUGGUUGGAGCGGGGAGAUUGCACCAAGCGGAAUGCUAAUGUUUUCUAUUCGAUGAUCCAGAGCACUCAUGCCCACGUACGAAGGCUCCAUGCUGACAAACUGCAACUGGAGGAGGAUCUCAAAAAGGCCAGGGACAGCUACCGCAACCAAAUGGGCACCAUGUCCACGCAAUUCACUCAGAUUGAAAAAGUGUUCAAUGCCGCUAGUCACAAGAAGGUUUGGGACCAUUUCACCAAAGCCCAAAGAAAAAACAUCGAUCAAUGGAAGAAGUUAGCCACGGAACUUCGAACGGUCCAGAUCACCGACGAUGAUGAAAUGGAAAUAUCCGACGAUGAGCGUGACUACGACAGACGCGGACCCAGCGCCAAGCGAAUUCGCUAUGACAGUGAGGGUUUAAAGGACGAGAACGACUCCCUCCGUUGUCAGCUGGAGGCCAUAAGGCAUGAGAUGAAUCUGGAGCGCAGUGAUUACGUCCAACGUGAGAAACAAAUAAAGGUGCUCCAAGAAACUAUUCGCAACAUGCAAACUCAGCUGCUGCAGACGAAGCUGCGCGAACAGAAGGACACCAAGGUCAUUGAGCAGCUGGAGCGGAAUCUGAAGGAUGCCGGCGUAAAGCAACUUCUCCUGAAGACCAAGAUCAAGGAAACUGCAGACAAGCUGAAGGACAAAGAGGCACACAGUACCGGUGCCUCGAAUGCUUCCAACGCCUCGAUUCUUGACUACAGCAGCGGAGAUUCGUGCAGUCAGGAAGACACCGAGAUCAUACCACUCCAAAAGCAGCCAGAACCGGAAAUAAUUGACAUCGAUAAGGUGGACGAUGAUGUAACCAUCAUCAUAGAACACCAAAGCGGUGUGGUGGAGAUUCACGAAAUCGAGGACGACGACAAGCUGGAACCUGCAAUAGAUUCUGCGGGAAAUAAAGCAACGAAGUCAAUUAUAGAAAGUAUUUCAAAGUCAAAUAGUGAGGAGAAUAUAAAUAAAAUCAGCACGGAGCACACACAGACAUCGCCCGGGAAAGAGGUCACCUUCAAGUCCCUGGCCCUGACAGAGGCCAAGAUAAUUGCUCUAGCCUCCGCCUACCUGGUGCUUCAUCCCCAUGGCGUUGAUAUUGCCAACAUAGCCAGUUACUUAAGCGGAAUGCUGUGCAACGGUGCUACCCCCAAUAAUCCUGAUGAUCUUGCCAAUAUACUCGGAAAGUACACAAAUCUCUUCAAGCCGGAUCAGGCCAAAUGGAGGUUCUGUGGCUUUAGCGAACCUACGGAAUCUCAGUCAGACUCAAAGUGAGGUGGAGAGUGCGGAAUGUUAACUCGAAUAAGAUGACAAUUGAAUGCUUUAAUUAUGUUACAUCUAUAUCAUAAUGCAUAGCGAGUAAGCGGGAAGAAAAGUGAAAUGUUAACCAAUGGAAAGGCGCAAGUUUUUCGAUGCAAUCACAAUAUAAUGAGACCAGUUCCAGUUUUAAGGGCAAGUACUCGUAGUUAACUCUAUCGGAAGAAAGACACCACAAACUAACUACCGUUUCAAUUAUUUAAAUAACUCAACCUAAAGGAUAUGUAUACACUUAAGCUAAAUGAAUUCAAUAUAUACAAAUAUAUACAUCAAUAUUUUAAAUAAGCUGA